AUGGAGAGAACUUCUUCCAUUAUCGAUGACCUUUUCAAGAAGGACCCAAAUGUGAGGCACAUCUUAUCCCCUUCGCAGCAAGAGUUGAUGGGGCUCGAUGAUGCUAUUAGACGCAUCCGCGCUGAAUACGAGAACAAUUUCACAAACUCCGAUAUUACAUUUCAGUACGCAUGCCUUCUGAUCCUGCACUCCCGCGCUUCAUACAUUGAGGAGGGCGUGCGCCUCAUGGAGUCAUUGCUGUAUACCGCAUGGAAGAAGCGCCAGGCCGAAUUGGCGGGUGCAUCGUCAGUAAAGACGAAUUUGAUGCCCGGUGAGGAGGUGGAUUCUCAAGAGGAUAUUUUGCGUGGUAGUGUUAUUCACGCGGCCUCUGCGCCGCCGGAAACACAAGGAGAGUGGGAGCAUUUUGAACACGACGCUGGGGAACAAGAAAAAGAGACCGAUACGAAAAGCAAAAGAACCACAUCCACGGACGAGCUUGUUAUUAACUACUACUAUCUAACAAUUGGAUGGAUAAAGCUUCGGAACUACGACAAGGCACUGAUAUGUGUGAAUCAAAUGCUUCAACUCCAGUCUGAUCAUCGCCAGGGAAUCGCGCUGAAGCAGUACAUUGAUGCAGAAGUAAAUAUGACUUUAACUGCAACUGGCUUAGCGGGAGUGGGUGUCGCCGCUGCCGUGGCAGCUCUCAUUGCCGUUUGCUUUCGAAAAUCAUAA